AACAGUAUUAUUUGUGUACUGGAUAAUUUGUAGGAAGAGGAUUUGUAACACCUACGUACUCCACACCCCUAUAUGAACAUUAAGUUCAAACAAAUACCUGGAAAUUUGAAAACAAAUCUGGGGUUUUUCAUGUGAAAUUUCAUUUAAAAAUACGAGGAAAUGUAUCCGUGGCAAAAAAGACAAAAAAAAUUCUAUGUAUAAAAAAACUAUUUGGAUGGAUUUUAGUUUGGAUUGUAUUUUCUUCACCACGGAUACAUUUCCUUGUAUUUUACUACAAAACUUCAUACGGGAGUAGAAUGGGCGCCCAAGUUUGAGAUCUCAAGAUUCCGGAUUUUUUUUAACUUUUCCUGGUAUUUUUCGAAUUUAAUUUUUGUAUAGGGGUGAAGUACCAUAUUUGGUAUAGAUAUAUACUCCUGGUGACAUAACGUCGAUGGUGACAAAAGCGGUUGGCCAUGAUCGAUCUGCAUGGAGGCAUGCAUCCGACACGUGGACCCCUCCUUCCACGUGUACCUCGUCAUCCUCGAGCAGCUCGACAUGGCUACUGCAUGCGCCCUCGAACCUUCGCCUAGUUCGCUCCAUUCCCUACGUACGGUGCUAGGCUCCUGGUGUACACAUGUUAACCUGUAGCUCAUACCCGAUGGAUCCAGGACCCCACCACCCGUCCACGUACAACCACCACCACCACUACCCCUUCUUGCCGGCCGCCGGACCGCCCACCGCUGGCGGCGACACCCUUCUCUUCCUCCUCGCCAUCCCGGCAGGCUGGCUCGUCCGGCUGGUUGCCUUCCUCGGCGAGCGCGUCAUCUCCGCGGUCCUCACCCUCGUGGUCCUCCCCGGCGCGACGCUCGUGGGCGAGCUGCGCACCGUCCCUGCGGCUGCGGUCUCCCUCGCCCGCCGCGCCGCCGUGGGCGUGCUCGCCGCGGCCUUCACCUUCGCGGCCCUGGCGGUCGCGUUAGUCGCGUCCCUGCUGCUCGGCUUCGUCCUUAUCCGGCACUGGGUCGAGGACCCGGUCACCGUGCGCCAGCCGCUCUACUUCGACUACACCGAGCCGCAGCCGAGCGCCGCCGUGGCCCUCGUCCCCCCGGCGGGACACUCCGUGAGGGUGUCCAUGUCGUUGCUGCUGCCAGACUCCGACCACAACCGUCAGAUUGGCGUGUUCCAGAUUAAAACAGAGGCCAUCACCCCAAGUGGAAGCACCGUCGCAUCAGCCACCCAGCCGUACAUGCUGCGGUACAAGAGCGCUCCGGUGCGGCUAGCGCAGUCCGCGCUAACAAUCGUGCCGCUCGCCUUGGGCAUGCGCAGCGAGAGCCAGUCGGCGACGCUGAAGCUGCUGCAGUACUGGGAAGGCCACGGCCGUCACAAGAGGACACGGCUCAUCAGAGUCUCUCUGCAGCCAAGAGCCAUGACAGUGCACCUGCCCCAGGUGUACAGAGCAGAGAUCACCGUGCAGACGGCGCUUCCAUGGUUCAAGGCCGUGGCGCGCAGCUUGAAAUGGACAAUGUGCGUGUGGCUCUCUUUCUGGGUCUAUGUCAUCCUCUCCCUGCUCGCGGUUCGUUGGGUCUGGCCACUUGCGGUAUCUGCAUGGGACAGUCACAGGGGGUUAUCUGAUCGUCAAGUCAAUGGGAAGACUAUUGCUGCUAAUCAGGGUGGAGGAGAUAUAGGCCAGAGCUCACAUGAGGGAUCAUCAAGAGGUGGCGCUGUGAGGUGGAGGGACAGGAGAGGCAGGAGGAAAGCACAACAAACGCCGCAUGGCAGCAUGGUUGAGCUCAAGCUCGAUGAGGGGUCGUCUUAUAGCUCUGCAGUGGCUGAGACUGAUGAAGUCGUCGACGACGAAUCAUAGGCAGCCACCUGCUGCUCGAUUGUCCGUGUCCGAGUCUUGUUAGUUCAGUCAGUGCAGUGUGCUGUAAAGUUUAUGCUGACCGCUAAUCACAGUUUGUUACACGCCAUGCGUAGGAGAUCUGAAGGGCUUCCAUGCGGAAGGGCAUAUAAUAACGCAAAUAAAUGGCAAAGAUAUAUAUAUGUACUAAUCGAUAAGCUGCAGGGGGUCACGUAA